GUGAGUGUAUCUGUAAUGUAAAAAAAAUACUGGGAUAUCCAGGCACGCAUGCAAAAAUACAGCUACAUGGUGGAGAUUCGUUGGCCUUUUCUGAAAUGCUGACAGCCUGGAGGUCAAUGGCAGGGGUAGAAUGGUGACCAGCAUGAAAACCAACCAUGAUGCUGAGUGCCCCCUAGAGCAGUUCUUACAGGGGAAAUGGAUAGUGGAUUGCCGUUUCCCCCUCAUUCCUGCAUCAGAGCUUCACCAGCCUGCCCCCAAGAAGCGUACUAGGGUCACAACAGACUGGGAUAAGGAAGAAGAUGAAAUCCCUGAGAAAAAUCAUAAAAUGGAAAAGGAGAAGGAGGAGGAGGAAGAGAGAACAGUAAACACCAAGAAAAAUGCAGGGAUUCCUAAAAUCAUCAUAAAAUAUCAAGAAAAGGGAGGAGCUGAGAGUGUGAAGGUCCUUGGUGAACACAAUAAGAAUACUGGGGGCAAGGGCCCUGAGACAAACCCCACACUUGUUCUGAAGCUGAGCAAGAGGACAAGUGCCAAGGACUCCCAUAUGGAAAGCAAGGAGAACUCCAAAGGCAUACCCAAAGCCUUGAAGAGGAAGAGUAAGGAUCAGGAGGAAAUCAGCCCCCAAAAGACCUCAAGAAGCUCAUCCUCAUCACCUCAACCUCCAGUCAAAGGAAAAGGGCAGCAACAAAUGAUUGAGAGUGAGAACAAAGAAGGGACCAAAGGAAUGUUGUCAGAGGGUACAGAACUGACGGCUGAGAGAAAAGGAAGGCCAGAGAAAAGCAAGAAGAAGGAGAAAGAAGUAGAAGUAAUGACUGCAUCUGAAUCAUUAGGUCACACCAUUAAAAUAGGGAGCCCAAGGAAAAGUAUGAAGUCGGAUGAUGGAGGAGAAUCGACUGCAUCUGAGUCACUGGAUCAUACUGGCAAGAGAGGAGGCAAUCUAAAGAAGAGUAUGAAGGAUAAUGAGGAAGGAGGAGAAGCGAUGGCAUUUCAGUCAAUGUAUGACACUGUCAAGAGAAGAGGCAGGCCAAGGAAGAGUAUGAAGGCUGAGGAGAAUGGAGGAGAAUUGACUACAUCCAAGUCCCUGGAUCAUACUAUCAAGAGAAGAGGCAGGCCGAGAAAGAGUACGAAGUCUGAGGAGGAUGGAGGAGAAACAACUGCAUCUGAGUCCUGGGAUCACACUAUCAAGAGAAGAGGCAGGCCAAGGAAGAGCUCGAAGUCUGAGGAAGAUGGUGGAGAAUCAACUGCAUCUGAGUCCCUGGGUCAUACUAUUAAGAGAAGAGGCAGGCCAAGGAAGAGUAUGAAAUCUGAGGAGGAUGGAGGAGAAUUGACUUCAUCCGAGUCACUGGAUUGCACUGUUAAGAGAAGAGGCAGGCCAAGGAAGAGUACGAAGUCUGAGGAGGAUGAAGAAGAAGCAACUACAUCUGAGUCCCUGGGUCAUACUGUUAAGAGAAGAGGCAGGCCGAGAAAGAAUACGAAGUCUGAGGAGGAUGGAGGAGAAUCGACUGCAUCUGAGCCGUUGGACCACACUGUCAAGAAAAGAGGCAGGCCAAGGAAGAGUAAGAAGGAUGAGAAGGAUGGAGGAGAAGCAAAGUCCCCCGAAUCACAAGACCUAAUACCGAAAGGAAGAGAAAAACCAAAGGGGGCAAGAGAGGGAGAAGAAAUGACUUCAUCUGAUUCAGUAGACCCACAUGUCAAGAGGAGAGGCAGACCUCCAAAGAAGGAAGGGAAUAAAGUUCAAACAACUUCUGAAUCCCCAGAAGCACCCAUCAAGAGGAGAGGAAGACCAAAGAAGACCGAAGAGAAGGGAGACAAGAGUGACAAGAAAACCGCCUCCAAGCCCAAAAUACAGCGAGGCCCAGGAAGACCCUGCAAAAACCCACUACAGGCUCCAAGGACUGGGAACCCCAGUGCGCAGGAGCCCCAGACAGUUGCCUACUCCCAUUCUGGGCGGCCUAUCUCGGGAAACAAAAUGGUCGAACUGGAUGAAUCAGAAUGUGUUAUCUCUGAGGAUGAGUCCUGGAUUAACCCCAGAGAAAACAGGACAAAAGCAAAGAAGCCAGCAAAGGUAAAGGCAAAAACUGAAGAGGGAAGGAAGGAGACAAAGGAAGUGAAACAGAGGGAAAGGAAGAAGAAAGAUGAGGUUAAUGCCAGUAAAGAGAAAAAGGAGCAUGAAGAAGAGGUGCUGAAAGCAGAAGACUGCAUAGUGACUGCAAAACGAGGGACCCUGAAAUACCUGCACCAGCGAGAGAAGUAUGUGAAAGCACUGGCCAAUGAAGUACAGAUAGAGGAUGACUUCUUUGCAAGCAAGGCCCCUGUCAAGAAGAAUGUGCUGGAAAACUUGCUCUUCUCUGGCUCCCCAGAUGAUAGUCUGACCAUCAAGACUCCCCAGGGCAAGGUCAAGAAGGUCAGCAGCAACAUCAUCACGCCGCGCACCAUGAAGCUGGGUCAGUGGGCCAGCGAGAGCCCCUGGAGUGAACCCAUCACGCCAUCCACAGAGACCUCCCCAUUGCCUGCAGCUGACAAAAAGGAGGCCCUUGGCGUGAUCUAUCAACACAUGAAGGGGCGCAAGAGGUGGCCACAGCCCAUAAGGAAGGUGCUCAGCGAGAGCUCAUCCAUGUCUGUGCUGGAUGUUACUGCCACCAAACGAAAACUGGAGCCCUUAGAGCUUCCAACCCUGCCAGAAAUCCCCGAAGACAAGGAGGGUGACUCUAGCGAUGAUGACUACUUCAACUCGAGUGAGGUUAUCUGAGGAAUAAAUGGUGUUUUGCAAGAAAAUCUAGGGAGGGGGAAUAACGCUUCGCAAGAUAUGCCAUAACUUUGGUGAUAAAAGUCAAGGACUGCUUUGAAGCAUUACCUGAAAUUACUGUACCAUAUACAUGCACCAAAUUUUGUACACUAUAGGUUUAGCUAACUUUUGGUUUAGAGAUAUAUAUAUAUUGAAACUUGUUUAAUUUCUUUUGUCUUCUUUUUCUUUCUUUCUUUCUGAAGUGUUUACAGAAUAUUGAAAACCUGUUAUGCCAGUACUGUUGAUGGAAAAGGAACCACAAAUUAGUAAUAUUUGGCAAACAGUUGAGUUCUUUUUGUUUCGAAUGAGUAUUAUGUGUAAUUUAUCAGUUAUGGAAUCUCACUGUUUGCAAUUACACUGGAUUACUGUGAUAAAAGGAUCAUCUGUUCUUAUACACAAUUUGGCGGCUGACUUACUUGACCAUUUUAGGUACCGUAAGGUAUUGAACACUGCCACAUGUAGACGUCCUAAUUACUGUAGAAAAGCACAGAAAAUGACUGGUGCUUUGUGAUGUAUAUAGCAAGAUGUCAUUGCAUUUGUUUCAGUGCUUAUUGAGACUGUUAUGGUAAGGUUGUUUCAGUAGUAACUUGUAACCUGUACAUGCUUCUUGGGUUUGUACAUGGUAAAUAUAUAUGUAUAUUUAAACUGCAUAAGAAUUGUUUCAUCUGUGUUAUGACUACAUGGUGAGAAAUGGAAUGAAGUACCUUAGUACAUUGCAGUUUGUCAUCAAUAAACUGUAAAGAGAUUGAGAAAAUUACAAGAUUACUUUUAAAAGAAGUCCAAAAGGCAUAUUAGGGAAUUUGGUCUUUCAAUUUACAUUGAGGAAAACUCUGUUUAGAGUAUUUGCUGCUUUGCCAUUUUCCCAGGUCAGGUAGUGCAAGUUACUUCCCAUACUGCUGAGAUCACCAAAUUCAAAAGACAGUACAAAUUUAUUUAUCAUUUUGAUUGCCUUAGGAACUUGGUAAAAUAAUCCUGCUUGUUGGACUCCAAAAUCGAUGCUUUAGUUCGUUUAAAAUAUCAGUUUAUGACCAAUACUUGAAUAAUUUAUGGCAGAUAAUAAAAAGCAGGGAAUUUGAUUUGAUACAAAAAUCUCUUAGUGCCUUUAAGCAUUAUUAUUGGUAUUAUUAUUAUUUAUUUAUAUAUAUUUUUAUUAUUAUUAUUAUUAUUAUUAUUAUUAUGUAUUUUUAGAUAUAUGUAAUAUCCUAAUUCCUCUCUUCCAGUUAUAUUAGGAUUUUAUUAUUUUUUAUCAUACAUGUAUGAUUAUUUUUUUUUUUCUUAUUUUUACUUUUUAGUAAUUUUUAUUUGAAACUGUGUUGAGAUGUAAAUUUUUAAUUAUUUGUGAUACACAAGUUUGUCACAUGAAAACAACAGGAUUUUCAGAGUAAGUCUUUUGGCCCAAUAGUCUUUUGUAAAUAUCUGUUUUCAUGUAUGCUUUAUUUACUUAUUAUUAAUUGUCCUUUUGUUUCUUUACUAAAGAAAUAUUAAAUUUUUAAAAAAUUAA